AUGCUCUCCACCUCCUUCCCCCUCCUCCCAACCAUCAGCCUCCUCCUCUCCCUCAUCUUCUGCCUCUACCGCCUCCAAGGCCCCAUCCGCACCUACCGUCGUCGUCUCCGAGCCCGAUACAGCGGACGAGAUGGCUACGCUCGUCUCGCAGCAGUCGAGGAUGGCAGCUCACCAUCCCCAACCGCCGACCAACCCCCCAGCUCUGAUCUGGACAAUGCUCAUACUGAAAAUCCAAGCACCCCGCUAGGCAAAUACUUCGAUCCGCAGACUGCCCUCCUCUACGCUGAUGUGUUUGAGCGGAGGACGAGACCGUCUACGUCGUGGGAGCGGGAGGAGGGGGAACUCGGACGGCAGCGGGUUGUUGGUGAUGGUGAGGGGGAGGGCGAUGGCGAUGGGGUUCUUGGGGAAUGGUUUGGGCGGUUGGUGGAGGGCGUGGUGCGGUAUUAUGUGGGGGUUGGUUUGGGAGAAGGGAUUCGUUGA